GUCGCGGGCCGGGGCUCGGUGCAGACGCCGGGAGCCACGGGAGGACGAGGCCGGAGCGGAAGAGUGGACAUGUCCACCGUGGGCUGGUGGCGCCGCCGGGUGCCCGGGGCCGUGUGGGGGCACUAGACUGUGCGCGGGCUGCGCCGUGGCCGACCUGUUGGCCUGGGGCGGGGCGGUGCCUUGAGGUGCGGUGUGGCGAGCUUUACCCUCCUCUGAGACGACUUGCAAGAGGAAGAGGGACUAGAUCCAAACGCUAGGUGGCGGUGUCCAGGUCCCUGGCAUUUUGACUCUGUUCCUGUGGAUAAGAACACUUGUUCUGAAGUUCCAGAAAGGAUCCUAUUCCCAAACAGAAUUUUUGCUGCAUGUGGUUUUGUUCUUCUCUGGAAGUAAAGCCAGAAGUACAAAACUGUCAGGUCCCUGAGUACUGACUGUCCCAGGCUGCCGCGUCUUUCCUGUUGACUCAUGUUGGGUUCCUCCAGUGAAAAUUUUCCUUAGAGAGAUGCUGCCUCCAAAGUACUUGUCUGCCACCAAACCCAAGAGGUCUUGGGCCCCAAAUCUGUGUGAGCUAGACAGUGACUUGUCUCAGGAGCCGGAUGCCGCCAUAGGAGAAGCCGCCACUGACUCUGAAUUCUUUCAUCAGAGGUUUCGGAACUUCCUCUACGUGGAAUUUGUCGGGCCUCGGAAGACCCUGCUCAAACUCCGAAACCUCUGCCUCGAUUGGUUGCAGCCGGAGACUCGCACCAAGGAGGAGAUUAUCGAGCUCUUGGUCCUCGAGCAGUACCUGACCAUCCUUCCAGAAAAGAUCAAGCCUUGGGUGCGUGCAAAAAAGCCGGAGAACUGCGAGAAGCUCGUUACUCUGCUGGAGGAUUACAAGGAGAUGUACGAACCGGAAGACGACAGCAGCAGUGACGCCCACAGCGAAGGCAGCAUGAGCCGGAAGGCAGCAGAGUCCCCGCCACCCCACGCCGCCUGCUGCGGUGGCCGGGACUGGGCCCAGGACUGGGACGGAGACUGGGAGCGAGCCCGGGAGCGGGAGCAGCGCAGGGGCAGAAGCAGGGACCUGGAGUCCCGCGCCCGCUGGCCGUACGCCCGGAGCCCCAGGAGCAGGUUUCAGCAGCGGGAUCUUUCCCUUCCUCUGAUGGAGAAAGUGGCUUUUGCAAAGGAAAGAGAGCACAAACGUCGGGGCUCUGUGAUGGAUUACGAGACGAGGUCGCAGGAUGCAGUGUCGUACCAGGAUGUGGUGGCCCUCACUGAGGACCGGAAGCCCCAGAACCCGGUUCAGGACAACAUGGAGAACUACCGGAAGCUGCUCUCUCUGGGGGUUCAGCUUGCCGAGGACGACGGCCACUCGCACAUGACCCAGGGCCACUCGUCAAGGUCCAAGAGAAGUGCCUACCCGAGCACCAGUCGAGGUUUCCCUGCUCGGGACUCUGUCCUUACAGAAAAGAGAAGCACCGAAGAACACCAAAAGAAGGACACAACGAUGUUUGACAGUAUGCCAUCUGCUAGAUCUCAAUUCCUGGAUUUCGAUCAUUUAGGAGUGUGUCUGGUAUUUUAGGAGCUGGUGACUUUCAAGGAUGUGGCUGUGGACUUCAGUCCAGAGGAAUUAACCUACCUUAGUGCUGCUCAGAGGAAACUCUACCAGGAAGUGAUGCUGGAAAAUUAUAGGAACCUGGUCUCCCUAGGGUACCAGUUCCCUAAACCUGACAUUAUCUCAGGGCUGGAAGCAGAGGAGUCACGUGCAGUGGAGGAAGACAGCAGUACAAUGAUAUGUCAAGGUGAAGAGUCUUCUCCUGAUGAUGCAUUGGGUUUGCACCAGGUCAACCAGGAGAAACUUUUGAGUCCGGUAAAAAUGAAUGACCCCAAGACCCUUGCUCAGGAAAGAAGCCAUGACAGUGAUCAAUUUGAGAGACGCUCAGAUCUUACUAAACAGUCAGAGGGUCUUCUAGGGAAGGAUCCCCAGGAACGCACUCCUCCUGGAAUUUGCACCAGUCCCCAGCCGGUGGACAGCAGGCCUUUCGUCCAAGAGAACAAACACAACAGAAGUGAAUUUUGUGAAAGAAGCUUUAGUACCCAGUUGGCCCGUGAGAGACACGAGCAGAUCCAUACAGGGAAGAAACCCUUUGAAUGUAAACAGUGUGGAGAAGCCUUCUUCUUCAUGCCACACCUUACCAGACAUCAGAAGACUCAUUCAUGUGAGAAGUCCCCUGGAUGCAAUGAAGGUGGAAAGUCUUUCACUCAGCGUGCAAAUAUCAACGGCUGCGUAAGAAUUCAUAGUCAGGAGGACUACUAUGAAUGUUUCCAGUGUGGCAAAGCUUUUAUCCAGGAUGUGCAUCUUUUUCAACAUCUCAAGGCCCACGAGUCAGCAAAAGCCCUUCCACCCGCGUUGCCCCGAAACAAGACACAUUUAAUUCGAUAUCAGCGGAAACAUGACUAUGUCGGAGAGAGAGCCUGUCAGUGUUGUGACUGUGGCAGAGUCUUCAUUCAUACUUCACAUCUCAUUCAGCACUACAGAAUUCAUGCUCAAGAGAGGCCUUACCAGUGUCAGCUGUGUGGGAAGUGUUUCAGCCGACCCUCCUACCUCACUCAACAUUAUCAACUCCAUUCUCAAGAGAAACUGGUUGAGCGCAGUUACUGUUGA